AUGGGGAAGAAGAAGAACCUCGUGCUCUCAUCCUCUUCUCGUCCCUCCGAUGUCCGCGUGGUUCUGCGCGCCUGUCCUUGCGAAGGCUGCGAUCGAGAGUUGUCAGCUCUGAAUGAAAGCCAAGGAGCGAUAGAGAUCCGCGGUCGUGCUGUCACCUUGCGGCAUACCCGUGUGUUGGGGCCACGAGCGAAUCAGACUGAGCUCUAUAAGGAGGUUGCCGUUGACUUGGCAGAUCAGCUCUUGAAAGGCCGCGACUGCUACCUGGUUGCUGCUGGUUCGCAACUCUCGGGCAAGAGCUACAGCCUGCAUGGGGAGCUGGGAGAGUACAGCAAGAUGGGGCUGCUUCCUCGUGUGGGUUGGAAGGUGCAGGGCCUGCAGGAAGUGAAGGUGACCAGGCUGAGCGACCUGCUCCUCGCUCUCGAAAAGAUCCGACGAGCGACGCGACUGGACAUGGCGGCUGGACACGUGGUCACCUUUCUUUCCUUCCAUGGUGAAGAUGCUCCGCUCGAGUCAAGGCUGGUGGCUGUUGAGGUGUUGGCUGAUGACGAUCAGCUUCUCGCUGUUGAAGGGAUCGCCGAGGGCUUCUCCCUCCCCUGCUCAAGACGCACCAGCCUUUCUUCCUCUGCCGCUACUCCACCCUCCUCCUUGUUGCCUCAAGUGCUGAAGGCUGGAUGGCGCGAUGGGAGCGUCGUCGCUUUCAUUGUUUGCUUCUCUCCUCGGUCAACCAGUUCUCAGCUCAAGUUGGAGCUGUUCACGCGCUGUUUGCUCUUUCUCGACAAUCUCGGAGAGCAAGUUGCUCCUCCACUGAGUGAGACCUCAUCUCCUCCUCGUCCAAGUACGGAACCAGCUAGUCGUUCUCGCGAUGGAGGAUUGAAGCCCGCAAGCCUGAAAGCCUUGAUAGAGAGCAAGCGACGAAUCCAGGAGACCAGAACUUUUACACAAGGCGACGACGUACAAAGGAUGGAAGACUUUCAUAAGGGAGCAGAAGAAUCUGCAGCGCUCGGGAAGCAACCGGUGGCUGAGGGCCUGUCAUCCUCCCGGCCUUGUGCUGCCUCUCCUCGUCACGCGUUGGAGCAAGAUCGAUCAAGAUACCUCAGCAUGGUAGAAGAUGCGCACAGGCAGCUUGCAAGCUCGGAAGAGGCUCUUAGAGCAGCGAGGAGAGAGCUGCUGAAUGAGCGACGACAGCGAGAAAGUUUGCGCGAGAGAAUGGAGGAGGAGACGAGGCAGCAGUGCGAGCUCUGGUCGUCACUGCGGCGCCUCGCAACUUCGGUGGGUAGGAAGUUGCCGGAGGACGAGAAGUCUCACCAUUGUCUUGACGCGCUUGAAGGGCUCAUCGGAGAUCUGGAGGAGGAGCACGCGGCGGCAGCAGCCGUGAGGGCUGAGAUGGAAGAGCUGCGGGAGAGUGUGAGGGUGAUGAGUCGAACGGUGGAGGAGAAGGAGAAGGAAGCAGAGGAGCUCUUGUUGGAAAGAAACGAGGCCCGAGAGGACGCUGCUCGUCUUUCUCAACAGCUGGACGAAGCUAAGGAGAGAAAUCUCAUGCUGGAACGCCUGGAGGAGGAGGUCAAACAGACAAGAACCAUGUCGAAAGCCGGAGAGCGACGACAGGAGGAGCAGGUUGAAGGCCUGACAAGACGGCUGCGUGUGCUUGAGGAGGAGCUAACGAGAGUGAGGGAGGAAGCAGAUGGGCUCAAAAAGCAGCUUGCAGAGGCAGAGGAAGCGACUGAGGCCCUCCAAGCUGAAGUGAAGGAGGAGAGGCGAAGGCAAGAGGACGAGGCUCGCAAGUCAGAGUCAGUCAAGUGCGAGUUGCAGAAAAUGCGAGAGGAAGCAGAGCAGUUAAACAAGGAGAGGAGAAUGUUGCUCUCUGCUCAGGACGAGGCUGACAGUCUCUCACGUGGAAUGCAGCAGCUGGACAAAUCGCUUGCAGAAGUGACGGCAUCGCUGAGGGUGUCGGAGGCAAGGAGAGAGGACGAGUUCAAGCGAGCGCGAGAGGCGGAGCAGACGAUCCUCUCGCUACGUGAGGAGAGGACGAAGAAGGAGCUCGAGCUGCGUCAAAUGUCGUUACAGCUGCUGGCCCUACAGGAGGAACUCAGAAGAUCUCGCGAGAAAGAGGAUGCGAGCAAGUCGAAGCUCGUCCAGCUCACGUCGUGCUGCGCAUCAGCUCAACUAGCUCUGAAAGAUUUGAUCUCGAGCUCUCGAAGCUGUGGUAGCAUCUGCGACUCGAUGAGGAUGGGGCUAGAAAAGGAGCAGGCGAGGUGGAGGGAACUUGAGGGGCAGCUGGAGAGACUGGAGGAUGAGGCUGGAAGGCUGCAAGAGGAACGAGACUGGGCCCGAAGAAACUUAGAGAGAGAGAGGCACCAGCAUGCAGACACGAGAGAACUUGUGAAGCAGCUGCAGGCGAAGAUAUCAGCGCUCGCCAUGGAGGUGGAGGAGAGACACAGGGAGUUGAUCGUGAGCCGAGGGCUGCUGGAGGAAACGAGUGGAAAGAAGGAGAAGGCAGAGAAGAACGAGUCGCUGCUGCGAGAGGAGAUGCGGGUGAUCGAAGAGCUCAUGCAUGAGGAAGUAGCUCGACGUGAUCUGAGCCUCCGAGAGCUUCAGCAACAGCACAAGGAGCUGAGGAGCAGUCACGCCGCCUUGCAGAGGAAGACGGUGCGUCCCGCGUGUGAGGGGGAAGCAACAUCGUUCACUGAGCAGCAGCGAGAGCUUGACGAGGACAACGUUCGGAUGCGGUGGCAGGCAGACGAAUUGGCAGGACAGCUGGAAGGGAUGGCUACUGGAGCUGAGAGGAAGUUUCGGCGUGCUCCUCUGCCCGAGGUCGAAGACUUGGACUUGUCUCCCUGGAGGAGCUUGCAAGGAGGAGGCGAGUCGUGUUAUUAA